UUACAAUUCCAACGCCAUUUUGUCAAGACGCGUUCGCGCUUCCCAAACGAUCCGUGUAACCCAAUAAAAUCCCAGCAUACUUAUCAGCAUUGCCCAUCAAAUUGUAGCCAAGUUCUAUUUUUGGGUUAAUACGUGACAGCAUUUGAAAGUGGUUUAUAUUUGUCGCAUUUGGGUCAGUUUUCAAUUAUUAAAUGCGAAUCAAAAUGAGGUCCUGCGGCCCCAGUUUAAUAAAAUACGUCUUAUUUGCCUUCAAUGUUCUAUUUGCGCUUUCGGGUCUCGGCAUUUUGAUCGCCGGCUCCGUCGUCCUAGCCGAUGUCAGUGAGUUCAAUCAUUUUGUGGAGGGACGCGUUUUGGCGCCACCAAUUGUCCUGAUUGUCACCGGACUGAUCAUCUUUCUGAUUGCAUCUCUCGGCUGCUUUGGAGCCAUCAAGGAGUCACCCACGCUGCUUCUGACGUAUGCCGUGUUGCUGGCCAUCAUAUUCAUCAUUGAGCUGGCCGUGGGCAUUGCGGCGAGCGUGUUCAAGAAGGAUCUGGAGAGCAUGAUCAAGAACUCGCUGCAGGAGUCGAUCAAGCGCUCCAACAGCGAGGACACCAUCGCCUGGGACAAUGUUCAGCGCAAGCUGAUGUGCUGUGGCGUCGAUACUCCGGCCGAUUGGCGCGCCCUCAGCUUGAACAAGACGCUGCCGGCCAGUUGCUGCCAGCCGCAGUUUAUCGAUACGGCCGUUGGGCAUUGCACAGAAUCUCCGGCUCUUGGCAAGGAUAAGUACUACCAGGAGGGGUGUGUGGGCAAGCUGAAGGAUCGCAUCGAUAAGAAUGCCGUUAUUCUGAUUGGUGUUGGCAUCGGCAUCGCAUUCAUCCAGAUCCUGGGCAUCAUACUCGCCUGCUACCUGGCCUCGGCCAUCAGGCACGCCCGCCAGGCCAACUAAUCGAACAACGAGAAUCCCUCACAAUUUAAUCUUAUCUUAAACAUAAUCUUUAUUAUUGAUCUCAUGUCAGUCCGUCAACAGACAUACAUACGCUACAUGAGCCUAUUUAAUUCACUAGCUAAUUUUAUGAGUCACAGCCAGAACUUGAAUCGAAAGCUAAGCGAGGGUUGCUCAAAAGUAAGCUGGAAAGGAAUCUAUUGUGAGAAGUGAAAAGUCUAGCUUAUGUUGAAUUCAAUUUAAUCUACUUAUGGCAAAGGAACUUCUAUAAGAUAACUUAUAAUAUAUUUAUAUAUAUCGAAAAACAGUUUGCAUUUCACUUUUUAGUAUAAUUUGUCUUGAACAUAAAAAGUCUUACUGAGAGUAUAAAUACAGAACUUACCUUUAAAAACCUUAUGAAGAAGUAUAAUUUAUUUUUCAAUUGC